AUGGGGAACCAUAAUUCAUUUUAUUCAGAAAACCUUCAAGAAAUUUAUAAAAUGCAAAUGGUAAUGUUCACUAAUUAUCCUUAGAUGUAAUGGUAUGUUGGAGUAGAAAAAGAAGUUUAAAAAUUAGGAUUUAAUGUAAAUGUAAGAUCAGACCAUUUUCAUAAACAAAACUUUAUGCAAUUAUAUACAAUCGUUAAACCAUAACAUGAAGAAAUUGUUACUAUGAGUACUACAGAAUCCUUAUUUGCUACAGAGUUUGAAAAUAUUAAGAGAUCCAAGAAAACUCUGGAUCCUUUUAAAGAAUUCUAUGUUACGACUCUGAUAUAGGAUAAUGAUCCCUCUUUAUAAGAGUUUGAAAGAUAAGUGCUUUAAUAGUUAUCUACAUUAAAUGGUUGUUUGUUGGAAAUUUUUUAAACUUUUAGACAAACUUAACUGCCUAAUUGCAGUAAAGAAUUGGAUUAAUUUAUUGUUAUGUUUCGAGAUUCAUUUGUUUAAGUAUAUAAUUCUAUAUAUAUAUAUAUUAGAUCUUAAUUCAUUACUAUGAUUUGAAUUUAUUUGCUUCAUUAAACAAAUGUAAUUUCUUAAAUACAUCAUCUCUUUAAUGUUUAGUAUCCAAUAUGAUAUUUAAUGAUUAAGUUGCCUCACAUGUUUACUAAAUCAAAAAGUUAGAAUAAAUCUAAGAAAAUGAAAAAAUACACAAUAAAUUAUAAUUUCUAAAAGAGAAAACAUUAGCUGAUUUUGGAAUUUCUAUUAAAUAUUGUUUAGAUUGUACAACCAGAGAGUAUAUUUAGAGUAAACUAUCAUCAAAAGCUAACACAUGUUGUUAAAGUUAAUAAAUUACAAAGAAAGAUACUUUUGAAACACUAAUUAUUGAAGAUGUUGAUUCUACUUAAUUACCUUCAAGACCAUAAGCUAAAUUAUUAUAAGGAACAUUUUUCUUAUAAUCUCCAUUUUAAAAUGCUAUUGAAGCUCUAAAAUUGAUAUAAUUUAGAUAAACACCUCAUCAUAAGGUUAAAUAAUUAGUCGCUUGUUUCAGAAGUAUCUAUUCUGCCAUCAUAGAUUAUUACAAUUAAUAUACAAAAUAACCAUCAAUAAUAAGCACAGAUGAAAUGAUACCAAUUUUUCAUUAUGUACUUUGUAAGUCUUCACUAUAAAAUCCUUACACACACUUUGAAAUUAUGUAAAAGUAUUUAGGCAAUCUAGAUGGACUUGAAGGAUUCUAUUUAGCUAUAAUGGAAGCAGUAUUUAACAUAGUCUGA